AUGACUUCUGUUCUUGCUGUGGGCAUUGGCGUUGCCGCCGCUGCUUUCUUUGGCCGUGCUGGUUUGGUCGCUUUUCGUCGCUACAGGGGAGGUGUCAACGCGAUGGGGGAAGGCGUUCUACAAAGGCGGAUUCGAGCCCCGCAUGAACCGUCGCGAGGCGUCCCUGAUACUCGGGCUUUCGUACGUAUUUUUCCAUUUGAUCUCGAGUACUCCCUUCAAAGCGGCAAGGCUAACGGAUCCGGUGCGGCAUAUAGUGAGAGAACACUUACCAAAGACAAAGUCCGCGCUAACCACCGAAAAUUGAUGCUUCUGAACCACCCCGACCGCGGCGGCAGUCCAUACCUCGCGACGAAGAUCAACGAGGCGAAGGAGCUUCUGGAGAAGCAUGGUUGA